CCUGAUUGUGAUUAUGAAUCAGUGCAUCCAAAAUAACGUCAAGGGUUACGUGACGUUGGCUUCGACUGAUAAACACUGCUGUCUUCAUAGAUAAUGCCCAAAUGCCAACGCUAAUCAAUAAAACAAAUUCUUUAUCUCUCUGUACGGAAAACGGGAAAGUUCAUUUCGGUUCAGUUUAGUUCACCGCGCACCUUCAGCACGUAUAGACUGUGCACCAAACUCGUACCGCCCAUACCCACCUGGUACGAUAUGUAUAGGGAAAUAGCUGAGAAAUAUGCGAAAUUCAAGCGCUAUGUGAUAUGGAUGUAUAGACUGUAUGAGCUGAACACGCAGAUUGCCAUCUGCGAGCCAUGGGAGAAAGUGUUUUGCCACCUACUCAUCGGCAGCUGUCUUUCCCUUAUACUCUACGCUUCGUACGCGUACGUGCCCGGCUAUUGUCAUACGCUCGUUGGCUUUCUAAUGCCGGUGAUAAGGAAUACAAAUCUUUCUAACAAUAAUAUCAAAUAUGUGGAAGCAGAGGGCAUGUCCAGUAGCAAUCAGUCUUAUCUUACGUAACAUUUUUAGUAGUUA